AAAAUAUUAAUUUACUUAUAAAAAAGUAGUAUUUAUUAAUUAUGAUGUUCGUACAAAAUUUAGGAUUUUUGAUAAUUUUAUUAUCUGUUAUCAAUACUUCCUAUUCAUAUCCCGAACAUAGAGUAGCGUUUAAUCCACGAGGAUAUACUGAGGGUUUAAAUAAAAUAUGCAUUCAUUGGUACGAUUAUCAUCAAAAUGAGAUAUCGAAUGAAUGUAACAUACCAGUUGGAGGCUCUUCGUCAAAGACAUCUCCAGUUUGGUCAAUAGGAUAUAAACUCUCUAUACAUACAGAAAGUGGUACAAUUCAUAAUGGACCAUUUUUUUGGUGGGAUGGCUGGGUAAAUGGGAUAUAUUGUAACGAUAUACAUAUUCAUUUAAAAGAUGCUGGUUUUGUUAUUAAAGAUUCUUUUAAUAUGGCUAUAGUUUAUGAUAAAUGUUUCUGGGAAUAAUAAAUCAGAUGAUUGAUUACUAUUGGAAGAAUUCACAGUAGUAAUUGUAUUUGUUCUAGUAAUAUAUCCUGUAGUUGAGAUAACAGAAGGUAUUUUUCUUAUUAAGUAGAAAAACAAAUAGUUUAAUUUUCUGUAUAGAAAUAUUUGAAAUCAAAUCAAUUAUUUAUAUCUAUUAUAUAAAUUACCUGACUUGUUAUUUGUGUUUGUGAACAGGUUAUGAUUUAUAAUCUUGUUAUAUGAUUUAUAAUUU